AUGGGAAGAAAUAGAAGAGGUCGUGGCCGUAGAGGAACGAACCGUACACACGACUAUGUAAUUUUAAUAUCAAUAAUGAAUAAAAUUCUUUACGUUUACAGUGUGGUUUCCUUCCUUUUAAGUGUCCAUCCAGGGUCACAAGGCCUGGACACUACGUUUGAUCACUAUGAUCACGUAGUGAGCUCACGAGUGGAAGGAAAUAAAGUAAGCAAGACCUUGAGAAAAAAACUCAACAAAAAAUAUCGAAAUCAUAUAUUAUGCUCGUUCGGGGUACCACGUUCUUGAGCACUCUAUAGUUCAUUGUAUAGACUUAUGCGCGCCUCGUACUUAGCGAGUGUUGCUGCUUUGUCGAAUGUCAAACAAAGACAUAAAAAUAUGAAAUCUAUUAUGCUCGUUAUUAAUUUAACUAGAGCACUUUUAGUGCAAUGAUCUAAUUGUUUACUUUCCUAUCACAAGCUAUUCGCAUCAUAUUACGACACAAUGUUUCAAAAAUAAGUAUCUCGGCGAGUAUUUACCCCCCUUGUAAAUAAAAGCCACCAUUGUAAUCCUCAUAAAAUAACCUUUCGAACGGGGGGUCAAGUGCCGUCAGAACAUUACACAAACCGAAACAAUCAUAUAUUUACUCACCGCUUGGCCAAAGAUUCUAAAUUUCAUAUACACAAGAUCUUGAAUACCCCUUGAACUUUUCGACAUUUGCUGAACGGCUAUAUGUGUAAAAUACUCUUUGUAUUCAAGCGCUUUCGUGUAGAAAGUUUCGUAUGUAUACGCCGACCAGAAAUAUUUAUUUUGAAUUUUUCAAGAUGUCGUAGACCAUUGGGCGAAAUUGCUAUCUUUCAGUUUCGUUCCUGAAUAACGAAACUACCUAAACUUUAGUUAUUUAGUUAGAUCACAGUAUGAUAAAUAUAAAAUCAAAUAUUUGUUCCAAAAUUUCCUUUGCAAAAUGUGAAAAUUUUAUCUUUCUGACCCUUUUUACAGCUUCGGGGAUAAUGGGAGUUUAACAGGGAACAUAUCAAGAUUUUGACGGGAUAAUAGGGGUGUAAUGUUGAUAGGGUUAGAAACAACAUGGCGGCUUCAACUUCUGCCCAAAUUUUGCCUUAUUUGAAUAACAAGUGUUAUUUACAUAUUGUUGACGUGCAAAGUGCGAUAUUAAACCGCUAACAAGUAAGAGGUUAGAGACAUUAGUAAAACGAAUCGAAGAUUGGAAAGGUUUAUACGGAAAACAACUUGACAUUGCUCUCAUUUUGGAAAGAAAAGGAUUGACCGAUUUCGUUGAUAUAAAUAGUGGCCUGAUUCGGUUGGAAGAUGCCAAACAACGUUAUCCAGAUUUUGGAUUCCACGAGGAGUGCUAUCAAAAAUUUACUAAUAUUUCUAUUAUAAACAAGGUAAGUUUGUCAAUUUAAUUUUACAGCAUAUUGUAAUUUGUAAUAUUAUACUUUUUUUUUGGAAUGGGAGUAUUAUUUGCAUUAGUUAUAUUAAAUUUGUUUAAAUGUAUUUCUUAUAAAGUAUUAAAAAGCUAUGCUAAAAUGUUAUGCAAUACCGUAAUAGCCUUUUUUUUGUAGUAGUAUUUUGUAGUUAUAUAUAUGUGCCAUUGUGUUAGAUAGUAGAUUAUUUAUUUCUAUAUGCAGGCAAGGAGAACUUUAGAGAGAAAAAGGAAAAUGGAAGAAGAACCAGCUGUACCACCAUCAAAACCCAAAAUGCCAUUUCUCCGAAGCAAGGUCCCAAAGAUGUCCCAACAACCACAUACAAUUCUACCCAAGUUGUGUAUUAUUUGCAAAAAGCUAACUAAAAGGACUAAGAUUAAGGGAAAGUGGGUGCAUGAAUCAUUGUCUAAAGCAGAAACAUCAGAUGCAGGUAAGAUUGAGAUAAAAAGCCCAAAGUAGAGGGGAUGUUCAGUAUGUGUGUAUUCUUAUCACGUUGGUUAUUUUCUGCUUAAAAUAUAAUGAUUUAUAGUCAACUUAUCAAGUGUAGUCUAUCAAAGGCACACAAAUGCACACAUUUUCCCACUUUUUAGGCACACAUUUUCAAAGGCACACAUUUCCCCACUUUUUAGGCACACAUUUUCAAAGGCACACAUUUUCAAAGGCACACAUUUUCCCACUUUUUAGGCCAGCUUCGUAGUGCUGCUGAAAGGAUAGAUGACGAAACUAUCUUGAAGGACAUUAGAGGAAAAGACUGUUCAUGUAUUGAGGUCCAGUACCACAAGAGCUGCUACAAUGAUUAUGUCCGUGUUUUAAAAGGAAAUGACUCUGUUGGUGAAAAGUAAGUUUUGAUUUUUAUAGUUAAUUUUUAUAGAUAAUGUUUCAGAUGUCUUUGUUGUUGUUUACCUUCACUUGAAAAUUAACAAUACAAAUAGGAAAUAAAGUACAUUUCUUAUUUAGGGACGGACCAUUAGAAAAGUGAUGGGGGGGGGUGUGGCAAAACCCAAAAAAAAAUUUAUUCCCAGAAAAAAAUUAGAAAAAAAAAAUCUUCCCAGGCAUAGUGCAAAAAAAAAUUCCUUCCUUGGAAGAUAGGCCUAUAAAUUUUAAUUAAAAAAAUAUAUUUCCAGCCAUCAAGUGAGAAAAAAAAAAUUCUUCUAUAGGUGUACAAAAAAAAAAAUAUUGCCUCUUAGAAAAUCCCCCCCCCCCCCCCCCCUUAUCACUUUUCUAAUGGUCCAUCCCUUAUGGUUACAUGUUACGUUUUAGGAAAACAAACUUCUUUUCUGAGCACAAAGCAGGUUAUGAUGCUUUCUGUAAAAUAGUGAUCAAAGAAAGGUUAGAAGUGAAUUGUGAGAUUCUGCGCUUGACGAAAUUGCAGCAACUACUUCUCAAACAUAUACAGCUUGAAGAACGUGUGCACCUAAAAAACAUACGGUAUGGGCUUAUAUAUCAUUAUAUGCAUUAAUUUAUUAUUUUAGAAACAUUUUUUUGUAAAAAAUGUCACAUCUCUUGAUUGUCUUAGUUGGAUAAUUACCCAUUUUUUCUCUUUAAGAUCUGAGAUGUUGAGAGUGAGAUUACAAAGGGAUUUUGAGCAACUUGUGUUUCACAUUCCAUCAAGAAGGUUUGUAAAUCACUCAGUGUUUUUCGUUUAUAAGUGUGAAAACAUUAUGAUCAAUGCUAUACACUCAAAUAGAACUAAAAUUAUAUAUGUUUUUGACAAUUAACAUGCCUGUACUGAUAAUACCGUAUUUUAGGAAUGAAUCCACAAUUGUAUAUUGUCAAAAUGUAACAGCUGGUGACAUAGCACAGCAGUACUUGCCUACAAGUCAAGUUUCUAGUGUUGAAGAUGAAAGUGAUGAAAAUGACUCUUCAGAAGUUUUAGAAAAUGAGAUUAGAAGUAGUAGAAUUGACAGGCAUCAAACAAGUCAGGAAGGCAGUUCUGAAAAUACAUUUAAAGAAUUGUUUAUGUCAGGUUAGAACUUUUAGAUUUUUUAGUGGUGUAUUAUUCUAAGGAGUACAAAUAUACAGCGAUAUUUGUACAGUUUGUUAUUUGGUUUAGUUAGUUACAAGCUUAUUUGGUUAGCCCAUCAAAUUUGUUGCAUGAAUUCGUUGUUUGUAUUUGACUCGACAAACGAAAUGUAUAAAUGGGUACAAAAUUAAUGUAUAAAUUACGAAAUUAUUCAAAUUUAUUUGUCCUUCCCUCAAACGUAUAAUCCUAUACAAUACUCAUUACAACUUUACAACAGAGGGACAUUUUUCCAUUUUAAAAGUGUUUAUUUGAAGAACAAAAUAAACAAUGUCCAGCCAGAGCAGAGCAAAUGGCCCCCUAGAAGUAAAGACCUAAUUAAGACUAAUAUGGUACCAGCUGAACUAUUCAACCAUAUUGCGCAUAUUACUGGAGCUGUAUCCGACGACGAGUACACCAAUGUAACAAAUGAUAGAUGUGUUGAUAUUGCUGAACAGUUUGUCCCAAAGGUAAAUGCAAUUUGCCAAGACAUCGUUUAUGUUUCCUCGAAAGGCAGAAGCAGACCCCAAAGUCGCUUGCUGUUGGUCUUACUGUGAGACACAUGACGGGUUCAACUCAUCUGCUUCAAAUAUUAGCAAAGUUUGGUCAUUGUGUAUCCUCGGACACAAUUCUUUCGUACGAGACUGCCUUGGCAAAGUAUAGAGUCUCACAAGCUGGUAAAGUACCAGAAGGCUUUAAGGUAGGUAGCAUCCCAACUGUUGUGUGGGACAACAUUGAUUUCAAUGAAGAAACGUCUUCUGGCAAAGGUACCACCCAUCAUACAAAUGGUAUAUUGAUACAGACAUGUGAAGAUGAAGCAACUGAUCAACCACAAGAAGUUAAUGUUCCAAUCAUUAAGAAAGGGGUUAGAGUUUUCACUCAAGCAGAGGAAAAUUUGGUUCCCUAUAAUAGGGUAGAAAGAGUUGGUCCUUCAACGAAUGUGCCAAACAUUCCCGCUCAUUGGAAAGACCUUCUCUCCAAAGCAAAGGUCAGGGAUUUCAUGUUUAUAAUGGCUCGUAUGUAUGGUGGAGAUGAUGUUCCUGGUUGGACUGGAUAUAACAUAACGAAAUACGACUAUGCCAUAUUGCAAACCAAGAUUCACUACUUACCCGUUAUCGAGGCAUCUCCAACCGACCUCAACACUGUGAACACUGUAAUAUACAAAUCCAUCGACAUGAAGUCAGUAUAUCAUAUGCGUCUUUGAUCUAGCAAUUUAUGCCAAAGUCCAAGAAAUCCGCUGGGCAGAUCAGCAUCUCCAAGAAAAGUUAGUUGUUCGUCUUGGCGAGUUUCACGCCUGCAUGAGUUUCAUGUCAGUUAUUGGCAAGCGAAAUGGGGACGCUGGUUUAAGUGAUAUCCUCAUCGAAGCAGGUGUUGUGGCAGAAGGUUCUCUCAAUAGUGUAAUCUCCGGUCAUCAUUACAACAGAUCUAUACAUGCCUACAAGAUAGUAUAUGAAACCAUGGAAGAACUUAGAUUUCAAGAAUAUCUUGAAUCAGUUGAUGAAGCGAAGUAUGAGAAAAUUGUCAGUACUCUUACAGCAAUUAAUUGGGAAAACCAUGCAGAAGUUGACGAAAAUAUCCUCGAUACACAGUUGGAGUAUGAAGAAUGGGUUGGAAAACGCAGAGAAGAAAUCCAAUCAAAAUCAUCUUUUCGUCCCUAA